AUGUCAAACCAAGGACAAGAAAUCAAAUUCGCGCCUGCCUACGUUGGAACCCCUAUCGAUGCAAAGACCAAGCUCGGCUACUUACGAGAAGCGCUGGACGAUAAAUCCCUUGAAUUUCAGCGGAAGAACAUUGAGUUUCUUAUACGAUACUACGAGAACGGCGGGAAAGUUCCUGCGCCAGGACAAACAAUGUGGCUUGUCGACGGGAAGGUCGUUGAUAAGAUGCCAGAGACACUCUCCAAGCCUUCGGCAAUGUGGGCUGAAGUUGCUACGUUCCACCAGCUCAUACAGUCUGGUCAACCUGGAGCUAUACAACUUGCGCAGUCGACACAUUUUUGGUACAACGCCCAAAGUGGUAUGCAUGAGGAGAUCUUUGCCAGAUUUAAACUCCCAGCAGUGUUCGGCGGCAACCAAAAUGUCAUGGUGAAUGUCUCAAUAAUGAAUGAUACCGGCUCCAAUGUUCAGACCGUCUUUCCAAUGGAUUUGGCUGCGCUUCAAUACAAUCCAGUCAGCUUGGACUGGCGUUGGUAA